AUGAGCAACGGUCCGGCCCGAUCACAAAGCACCACUUCCAUCCCCAUUACCACCGUCAAGAUGAGGUUUGGGCAGAAUUAUCACCGGAAUUUUGUUCCGGAAUGGAGUGAGCACUAUUCCGCAGACAUCUAUGAGUACUUAGACAAUGCCGUUCCUGCUCUAAAAGCCUUCUACCAACACGAAAUCAACACCGACAGCUUCCAGCAAGGAGAUUUGGAUAAACUGCAGUGGUUUGGAAGAGUCAACGUGGACGCUAUCGAAAGAAUCAUAACAAAGCUUAAGCGAAAUGGUCACGCUGGCAGCCAAGAUCCCAGCAGAUUUGGCUUCUGGAAAAACUCACGGCAAAUGAAACUUUACAAUCAGCAAAAUGGGAAUGGGCUCCAGGAUGGAAUUCUCCCCAACAAGCCGAGAACAGCGAACCCUCUCCAGGUGGCGAUCAGGAAUCAAGAUGGCGAACGGGUUCUUGCUCUGGUACAAGACUCAAAAAACCUGCGCUAUCUAUCUGCCCGUGGGGAAAACGCCCUCCAUGUUGCCGCUCAACUUGGUCGGCUCGAUUACACAAAUCUUCUUCUCAAAGCUUUGACCAAAAGUGGUCUCGACCAUGACAUUCCCGACAUAUCAAGAGGUUGGACACCGCUCUUCUUUGCCGCCGUGGACGGCCACUUCGAUAUCGUACAACUACUGCUAGAGGCGGGGUCGAAUCAGCACAAAAAGGAUCAUUUCGGGUGGACUGCCAAAGAGUACGCUGUUUUCAAAGGGCACCUCGCCGUGGCUGGUCUCUUUGAAACCACCGAUACCGAUGGGCUGACUGGUGGACCUGAACAGAGUCCAAUUGGACCCUCCGUUUACGCUCCUGAGCACUGCAGUGAGGGUGAGCAGAUCAUUAUUGCCACGCUGGGGAGUUCGAGGAAAGACAGGGUAGUGACGGAAGUCGAUUUGAGCUACUGCUCCUCGGUAUACACCCCCGGAACAAACCAAGACGUUGCUUCUUUCUACCUAACCAUAUCAGCCGUGGGAAACAAGUCCCAACUCCGACGGAAAGUGCAGCUUCCCAUCCUGGACGAUCAAAUCAACGACCCCUUUAUCUUUACAAUUUCUUCAGAUGUCGCAGCACAGUUGAUAUUCCACGUUUACCGCGCCACCCCUGAGGGAAAUGUCCUGCUUGGAAGCGGGACCGCUCUUCUUGAGGGGAAUUCCCAUCAAUUUGGAACAGGACGACAGAGUCUCAUCCGCGAGCAGACUGUUCCCAUCUUGGACAAAGAGACGAUGAGUGUGGCCGGAACAGUCACAUUCACCUUCCUCAUUGCCAAACCAUAUGUCCAUGAUCUUCAGGGGCCACAGGGAUUUUCUACACCAGAAGAAUGGAAAACAGCGCUCACGCCAGUGUCCUCGCCACCUUUGCUCGUUGGACAUCGAGGCACCGGCCAAAACCUCAUCGCCAACAAACACCUCCAAAUAGGAGAAAAUACCGUCGGCUCCUUCCUCUCAGCAGCCACUCUCGGCGCCUCCUUUGUCGAAUUCGACGUCCAAGUCACCCGGGAUCUGCAGGCAGUCUGCUUCCACGACUUUUCCCUCAGCGAGUCCGGUACCGAUGUCCCCGUUCACGAUCUCACGCUGGAUCAGUUUUUACAUGCGAGCAAAAUCCAAUCUCCGCACGGAAAUCCCCUUUCCAUGCUUGGGAAGCCUCGUUCCCAAGAUGAAGGUAGCAAUGCCAGACCACGAUCUCGCUCACUGGGGGAACAGUUCGAGGCAGGGGCGAUCCAGAUCCGGGACAGGAUGAAGCACACGGUUGAUUUCAAGCUCAAAGGUUUCAAGCCAAACACCAGGGGGGAAUUCAUCCAGGAUUCAUUUGCUACUCUCAAGGACAUCCUGACGCAACUGCCGGAGGAGAUAGGGUUGGAUAUCGAGAUCAAAUACCCUCGUUUACACGAAGCGGUCGAUGCUGGUGUGACUCCGGUGGCUAUCGAGUUGAACACCUUUGUUGAUGUUGCUCUUGAUACGAUACGGCAGCACAACAAGAAGGGUUCCAAGAGGAAGAUCGUGCUUUCUUCGUUCACACCAGAGAUAUGCAUUCUUCUGUCUCUGAAACAAAAGGCUUACCCGGUGUUUUUUAUUACGAAUGCUGGCAAGAUUCCCAUGACGGACAUGGAGGUUAGAGCGGCUAGUGUUCAAGUGGCUGUGAGGUUUGCCAGACGGUGGAAUUUGACUGGGAUAGUCUUUGCGUGUGAGGCGUUGCUGUUGAGCCCAAGGUUGGUGGGGUAUGUGAAGAAGAAGGGAGGGCUGGUGUGUGCUACCUAUGGGGAGCUGAAUAACCAAGCGGAGGUGGUGAGGGUGAGUAACUAUCGAGUAAUCAUAGGGCUGAGCUAA